AUGCAUGUUGGUCUUUGCUAUGACGCUGCUGAAACUGCUUCUGUUGGCUUUACAUCCAAGACUAGCACCGGGUCUUCCACUUCUGUCGAGACUAACACUGCGAUUACUGAGAGCGAGACUGUGACCGAGAGUGAGACAGCGGCCACAAAGGCUCUCAGCACUAAAGCCUCGAUGACCGUUGCCGAGAGUGCUACCACAACCACGACAGUCGACGAGCCUCUGCUCACCAACGCUGGCUUCGAUGAUGGCACAACCGCCCCGUGGCAGUUGCUAACGCAACACCAAGACACCUUGGUUCUUGGCCGCGCCUUCCAAGGCUCAGCCUCUGGUAAAGUCCAGUUUGGAACCGAAGAUGGCAGCCAGUACUCCAAUGUUAUUAUCCAAAAGAUCAACAAGAAAGCACUCAAAGCGAGCUCAUACGUCCUCGAGGGCCGUACCCGCGUUGACGACUACAGCGACAGCGGCGACGGCUGCAGUACCAUCAUCGCCUCUUGCCUCACGGGAGCUACAGGAAGCUGGGUUCCCGUGCCGGGUUCGAUUUCGCGGGAAAGCGCUGAGAAUUCCUACGGUCACUGGUACCAGACGGCCACCACGUGUACCUUCACCGACGAGAUGCUGUCUGGGGAUGCCGACAUUAGCGUUGUGUUUGGAUUCUUCUGUGCUAAUUCAGGUGCCUACCUCGACUCUGUUGAGCUCAAGCCAGCUGCUGUGAUCCCCAACACCGACACUACCACGGUUGCCACCAACAGUGAGACUAGUAUGAUAAUCACUACCACUCAAGAGACUACAAUGGCCACCUCCAGUGAGGGCUCAACAACCGCUACUGAGACUGCUACCACGACCACAGCAGCCGAUGCAGACCCAACAGUUCUUCUCAUUAACGGCAACUUCGAUCUCGACACUGCUGAGCCCUGGCUAUCGACUCACUCCGAGUCCGUUGACCGCGACAUCAACAGUCCCUUCGAAGGCUCAGCUUCUGGACGACUCCUGUUUGGAGUCGAUGGCGGCCUGGCGUAUAACAACUACAUUUACCAAAAGAUCGAUACGAAGGACCUUAAGGCAGCCUCUUACCGCCUCUCUGGCUUGGUCCGCGUCGACUACUACAACCCCAGCAUAAGUGGCGACGGAUGCAAUUCAAUGGCGGUUGGCUGUACCCUUGGAGACCCAAACAACCUCAAUCGUGUCCCGGGCUCAACUUUAAUGGGCACUCCUAGCGUCGCCGUCGAUAACUGGUUCCCGCUGGAUACAACUUGCACGCUUACGGAGGAGAUGCUGUCUCAGUAUGACUAUGUUAGCGUUACUUUUGGAUUCAGCUGCGCCGAGGUCGGUGCCAACCUCGACGCUGUGGCAUUCCAGGAGGUUGUUUAG